AUGGCGCCACCGAUAUCCGCCGAUGCCUUGGUGGAGGCUGCCUCGGCCGUCGCCGCGUCGUCCCCAGCCAUCGCGCCGAAUGGAAUGGUUCUCAAGGACGUGGCGGCGCCGGCGGCCAUCUCUGUCGUCUCGAAGCAGACGGUUCGGCCUGCCGGCGCGUCGGCCGCGCUGGUCGGGGGAGACCUCAGGCUCUCGGUGUCCGACAUGCCGAUGCUAUCGUGCCACUACAUCCAGAAGGGGCUCUUCUUCCCGCCGCCUCCCGGCGUGCUCACGACGGCCUCGCUGGUGUCGUCGCUCGUGACGGCGCUCUCCCGCGCACUCGGCGUCUUCCCCGCGCUCGCAGGCCGCCUCGUCACGCUCCACGACGACAGCAUCGUGAUACGGUGCGGCGGCGACGACGACGCGGCCGUCGAGUUCUACCACGCCGUCGCACCGUCCCUGUCGCUUGGCGACUUCCUAGUGCCCGGCGCCGACGUGCCGACCGGUCUCACGAAUGCCCUGUUCCCCAUGGACCGGACGGUGAGCUACGGCGGCCACGCGCGCCCGCUCACGUCGUUCCAGCUCACCGUGCUCGGCGACGGCGCCGUGUUCGUCGGCUUCGUCGCCAACCACGCCGUCGUGGAUGGCACCUCCUUUUGGCACUUCUUCAACACGUGGGCGGGGCUGUGCCGCGGCGGCGCGCCGAUCCGGGAGCCCGAUUUCCGCCGCAACUUCUUUGGCGACUCCACCGCCGUCCUACGCUUCCCCGGAGGCGUUGGCCCGGCCGUGACGUUCGACGCCGAGGCGCCGCUCCGCGAGCGGAUUCUCCACUUCAGUGCCGCCGCGAUCCGGGAGCUGAAGGCGACGGCAAACCACUCGAAAAGAACAGGUCACCAAGACGCCGAGGCUAACGGCAAGCUCGUGCAUGACUCCAGACUUCAUGGACGUUGUUCCUCUGAAAUCUCAUCGUUCCAAUCGCUGUGCGCGCACAUCUGGAGGGCCGUGACGCGUGCGCGGCGGCUGUUGGCUGCCGACAAGACGACGACGUUCCGCAUGGCCGUGAACUGCCGGCACCGUCUGCGCCCGGCGAUCUCCCCGCUCUACUUCGGCAACGCAAUCCAGAGCGUGGCGACGACGGCGACCGUGGCCGAGCUGGCCUCCAACGAUCUGGGCUGGGCGGCGGCCCGGCUGCACGCCACCGUGACGUCGCACGAGGACGGCGAGAUCCGGCGCGCCGCGGCGGAGUGGGAGGGUGCGCCCCGUUGCUUCCCGCUGGGCAACCCCGACGGCGCGGCGCUCACGAUGGGGAGCUCGCCUCGGUUCCCGAUGUACGACGGGAACGACUUCGGGUGGGGCCGCGCGCUCGCCGUGCGGAGCGGCCGCGCGAACAAAUUCGACGGCAAGAUGUCCGCGUUCCCCGGCCAAGCGGGGGACGGUAGCGUCGACGUGGAGGUGUGCCUCGCGCCGGACACCAUGGCUCGUCUCCUCCUCGACGAGGAGUUCUUGCAGUACGUGUCCUCCCCUGCACCGUGA